UCAAGAAGGCCAAGUACCAGUUCUCGAAAGGCUAUUUACUAGGUGCCGAGGAUGAAGAUGACAUACUUGAGCUCGGAGCCACCAUCGAUUACGUCCGGCAGUAACUGAUUUGCAUAAAGAGAAGCGCUGUCUUCAGUCAUCAUGUCUCUAGCCAUAUUCUCUACCCUGAUUACACAUCAUGCGAUCUCUUGCCAUCCUUGCUCCUCUUUGUGGCCUCGGUCUUGCUGCUCCAGCUGCCGAGAUCACUCCCACUCCGGUGCCUACCAAUGUCAACAAUGGCCUUCUAGGAGGUGUGGUCUCGGACCUCAGCAAUGUCCUCGCCGGUGUAGGCAAUGGUGACAUUGCUGGCCAGGAUGCCUGGUCUUCAAUCUCAUCUGCCGUACAAACAGUCACCGCGACCACUACACCAGUAGCUGCAGCUUCAGCUAUCGAGUCUCUAGCAUCAAUCUAUUCGGCUCGUCCAUCUGCGAACGCAUUUGAAUAUGCAGCAAGCUUGGUUGCCGAAGGUCUGACCUCCUCCGACAUGUCGAGUGUUUUGGGAUCGAUUGACGGCAACGGUACCGCUGAUGUCAACAAGCGUGGUCUCCUUGACUUGGACCUGACCGCCAACAGCAUGAACAAUAAAAAUCCUAGAAAUCCCAGUCGCUCUGUCUAUCCCCAGAAAGCAUGCGGAGAUGCACCUUAUACCGUUGACGAAGCAACUCUCAGAGCAGCUAUUCACAUUCCUUCAGGCUUUACAUACGGUGCUAAACCUCCCGUAAUUCUUAUGCCCGGUACUGGAAACACUGGCUUCGAGACUUUCCAAGGAAACUUCAUCCCCGCUCUCAAAGGUCAAUCGUACGCAGAUGCCGUUUGGCUCAAUGUCCCUGGAUCUCUUCUUGAUGAUUCGCAGACCAACUCUGAAUUUAUUGCCUAUGCUAUCAACUACAUUAGCAGCAUUGCCUCUCGUAAUGUCUCAGUGAUCGCUUGGUCUCAAGGCAACAUCAACACUCAAUGGGCUUUCAAAUACUGGCCAUCCGCUCGUCGAGUCACUACAACUCACAUUGCUAUCUCACCCGACUAUGCUGGCACUACCAUGGUUCCUCUUAUCUGCCCUGAGGGACUGCCUUGCCCUCUUAGUGUCCUUCAGCAGCGAUACCUUGGAGCCUCCAACUUCAUUACGACAUUGCGAUCCGAGAACGGCGACUCGGCUUAUGUUCCUACCACGACUCUCUAUAGCUCCAACUUUGACUUGAUUGUUCAGCCCCAGCAAGGCACUGGCGCGUCUGCAUUUCUUCUUGACGCUCGCAAUGUGGGAGUCACCAACAAUGAGGUUCAGACAAUUUGUGCCGGAACUGUAGCUGGCGGCUUCUGGACUCACGAGAGUAUGCUCAUCAACUCGCUCACAUUUGCUUUGGCCAAGGAUGCUCUCAUCAACGGAGGCCCCGGAAGAGUUUCUCGCAUUGCUCUCAAGACUGUCUGCAACCAACCUUUGACACCUGGUCUCGGUCUUGCAGAGCUACUUCUCACCGAAAAUUCCCUGCUCAUUGGUCUUGCCAAAAUAAUCACGACACCUUUGAAGGCCACUACUGAACCAGCUACCAGAGCCUACGUUAAUGUGAUGCCUGCUUGCGAUGUUUAAUGACUUCAUGGUUGUUAGACGGAGGGAUCAGUUAGGGAGCAUCUACUUUGGAGGAAGGUAUUGGCUACUCGUUGUAGCAUUAAGUGGAAGAUUGUGUGAUGUGUCUUAUCGUCUCGUGGAGACUUGCGGACAGGGCCACCACGACGACAUUUAUUUCCAGUAUGAGUUUCGAUUUGUUCUUCCACCGUCAUGUAUUUCGUGUUCUAUAUUCGCUCAGGUGUUUUGAAAGCGAAGUGUUCCAUGCAUGAAGAGUGAC